AUGUCCCUCCGCAUCGUCCCCGCCCCAACAAACCCCUCAACCACAACCCCCCAACUCGGCGCCCCCUCCGCCCCGGGCGUCCAUGACACCCUCCGCUCGAACCUCAACCUCGCGCAACCCGCCCCCAACACCUCCUCAACCCCCACCCCCCUCCAAUCAACCCACCCCCUCGAAUCCCGCCUCGCCAACUGGCGCACCACGCAAGAAAACCUCAAAAUGUCCCUCCUCCGCCGCCAGUUCGGCAUCGCGGAGCCCGUGAAGCGCCAGAUGGAAGCGAGCAUCGUGCGCCAGGGCGAGUGGCGGCCCAGCGUGCUGGGGAGUGGGAGCGCGGGCGUGCAUGGCGAUAUUCUGGCGGGCAGGGAGGCGGAGUUGGAUUGGGAGGAUGUGUUUUCGGGCGAGGGGGAGGCGAGGGAGGGGGUGGAUUUUCAUGUCGAGAUGGAGGGGAGGUUUGGGAUGGCUUGGUAG